CAAAACACAAUUGACGAGUCUAAAGGGAUGGAUAGUUUUUAAAUAAAAUAACAAAAUUAACUUUAGUAAUAAAUAAGAAUGAGUCAAAAUCAAUUGAUUAAUACAUAUCCAAGUAAAUGAGUUGUAAGCACAAAGUGAGAGAUGUUCGUUUAGGAAUUGCGGUACAUCACAGAUAAGAAGUGAAAAGUGCAUCUCUUGUUCAUGGUUUUCAUUGAAAAUAACCUUGGACUCUUGCUGUGUAAUUUUAUUAAAAUCUUUAAUACAAAAACAUUGUAAAAAUAAUGUGAAUUAAUGCGGAAAUCAUUUGAUUAUCAAAUUGUGUCUCGUUUAAACCACAAUGUGGAAAUAUACCAAUGGCAGUGUAUUUGUUUUGUUUGUUAUUUGGACGCAGUUGGUGGUCAACAUCGAAUUGGUCGCUACCAAUUUGAUUCCACCUCCUGCACAGCCAUGCGAUCGAACACGACGCGUUUUUACAGAAGCUUAUGGCGAAAUCAGUGAUGGUCCAAAUGGAUCCAAUUAUACACAGGACUCACAUUGCGAGUGGCUCAUAAAAGCAAAAAAUGACAGUCAAUUUAUUACCUUAACAUUCCAUAGUAUGGGCACGGAAUGCUCGUACGACUAUAUAUUCGUUUACGACGGAGACUCGUUUAAGUCUCCAUUACUAGGCAGCUUUAGUGGCAGAACUGAUCCGCAAAAAGUCAUUGCUACGUCCGGCAGCAUGCUAAUAUUACUUUAUAGUGAUACAAAUUAUGUCCUCGAUGGAUUUAAGGCUGAAUUUUAUGUAAGCAAUUGUCCAAAUAAUUGCACCAAUCAGGGCAAGUGCAUCAAUCAUCAGUGUGUGUGUCAAGGGGAUUGGAUUGGAAAGGAUUGCGGCUUGCAUGCUUGUCCGGAAAAUUGCGGAGUUACACAAGGUCGCGGUGUUUGUUCGAAAGAACAUUGUCGUUGUUUGAAUGGUUACGCUGGCAAAGCAUGUUCGUUACAUAAUCACCAUCCAGAGAUGAAUGAAUGGCAUUGGAUGUCUACCUUUCAAGGUGGUCUAUGGCCGAGAGCUGCACACACUGCCGUAUAUGUUAACGAAACCGAUUCACUUUACGUCUUCGGUGGAUAUGACUUAAACAACGUGCUGGGAUCGUUACAGAUUUAUCGUUUCAACAAAAGUACAUGGGAAGAUGAAUGGGGUAUUAAUCUGAGGAGUCGACAUUUUCCGAAAGAAAUCGAUAACGCCCUCAUUAAGGCGGUGCUUCACGAAGACGAAGACGAGGCCCGUUUGUGGGGCCUUAAAAAUGACGCCUCGUUUUUCCGCAACAUUUUACUCACAAUUUCGAAUCAAAAUUUCAAUCCCCGGAAGCAACGUUCACCUGGCCGAAACGAGACUCCGCAUGAUCUGACGGAUUUCUUGGAAGAAUACACUGAUAAGCCACGUCCGAAGGAUCGAUAUGGACAUGCUAGUAGUUUAGUUGAUGGUGGAUUCGUUAUUUUCGGCGGAAAACUUGGCGAUGGUAGUUUGUCCAACGAGUUGUGGUUCUAUAAUGUCACGCACAAUGGAGGACAGUGGGAACAGCGUGCGACCAAUUCAACAAUAUAUCCGCCUCCACUAACUAGACAUACGUUGACAAAAGUGACAUCAGGUGAUGAUUCGCUAUUGUACGUAUUCGGUGGAAGUCUUCUGAACGGCGAAUUUUCAUCAAGGCUGUUCAAAUUGCAAAUAAGAUCGGAUCCAUCCAGCGAACAAUGGGAAGAAGUUUUUCCACGCGGAGGAAAAGCAUUGGAUGUUAGAGUUGUGGCACACACAACUAUCUAUCACAAAUUCAGCAAUUCUCUAAUUGUCUACGGAGGCGUUGUUGCAGGAGUUGCACGAUUUUCAAAACUUUCGGACAGAAUGUUUGCCUUUCACAUUGAUGAGCGUCAUUGGACCGAACUUCAGUAUCCACGUACACCGUUACGAGAUGCAUACAUUCCUAGAGAACGGGCCUUUCACACAGCAACCGCAAUCGGAAAUUACAUGAUUGUAUUUGGGGGGUAUUCGCAUCGUCACAAUAAGGAAGAAAUUUGUUAUGACAACCAAAUGUACUUGUAUCACCUGGGCUGUCAUACUUGGAUAAACCAGGAUGUGUUGGGCACCGGCAAUAGAUCGACUUAUCCGAAGCAACAAGGAGUUUUUGCCCAUGCAGCAACUGUUCGUAACGGAAACAGUCUUUUUAUUGUGGGUGGAUAUCAUGGUAAUGUUAACGCUGAUAUGUUGGCCUACACGCUGCCAGCAAUGCUAUUGGUUGGCGACGAAUCACAGUUCGAUCCGGAAGCAGUUUGUCCCAAGCAUACUAGUGUUUCUGAAUGUUUAUCGGAUCCCGAAUGUGGAUGGUGUUCUGCCGAUGGUUGGUGUUACGGAAGAACAAUUGGGGCGAAUUGUACAACAAAUUUGCAGACGACAAGAUGUCCAGGAAUUUGUCCAGCUUUAGGUGAUUGUCAUUCGUGUUUGAUUCAUGGUUCCGGUGACAAUCGCGAAUCGUCGCACUCGAUUUCGAAUAAAUUUGGCUUAAAUCAGUGUACUUGGUGUGUUCAGAAUGCUCGUUGCCACCACAAAGACGAUAAUUAUGGAGUUUGUGGCGAAGAGACUCCAAGUCAAGUGCCAGGAUGGUGGGGCUCAAAAGGAACAGAAGUGAUUAGCGCGAUGCAGUGUACUGAACUGGAUCGUCGACCAGGAUUAACAUUUCUGAAAUAUUUGGCGCCGGUGAACUGGACUAUGCCUGAUGAUGUACGUGUGGUAAAUGCGACAAUGGUCGAUUUUAUGAUACCGUCUAGCACCACCCACACUGAACAAGGACUGAAUGGUGAAAUUGUCGCUCGACUCUUAGGCUUUAUAAGACCUCCAAAAAUUUGGAAAGAUGCUGCAGAAAUCUUGCAUGUAUGUGCCAGUUAUUCACAUGCAGUGUUAAGGCUGGGGCAAAAUGGUGAAGAAAUGAAAGUAGCAGCAAACAUAUCAUUUGACCAAAAUCAGUGCGUGCUGGCUUCAUGGCCUAAUCUCGAAAAUCGAAUAGUCGUCGACUUUCAAGCGAAAAGAACAUUUGAAAACGGUGCCGGAAGUCAUUAUCAACACAGUAAAAUGGGAUUACAGCACAACGGUAGUCACGAAAAUGCACGCGCCUUUACUUUCGAAUAUCUGGAACCAUUCUCCAGCGGGAAUUGUGUCGAAUAUAUGAAUUGUGCUCACUGUCUAGCGGACUCCGCAUGUGGUUGGUGUGAGUUGAAUGAUCAGUGCAUUUCUCGCUCGGAAAAUGAACAGGAAAGUUGUUCGAUGAACGGUGAUUGGAGAUAUCUGACAAUACAACCGUCAAAAUGUGCAAAUUGUUCGAAUUAUAUUUCAUGCCAUCAAUGCGUGGAACCGGGCUAUUGUGAAUGGUGGGCAGAAGAUGCCAGAUGUGCUCGAAUUGGACGAUCGCCAUCAGCGGUUCGGGAAGCGGAUCAAUGUCCGGCACCAUGCUACUCACGAGCCAAUUGCUCUGCCUGCCUUGAAGAACGUGGUCGCUGUGUGUGGUGCGAGUCAACAAUGCAAUGUUUUAGCUUUUCUGUGUAUACCAGUGAAUAUCAAUUUGGAACCUGUCGAGAAUGGCUCGAUCAAACAAGUCCGUUUUCGUAUGCACAUGACCAUGUCGAUCAUCAUCAGGCACCUGUUCAGCAAUGUAAAUCGUGUGCGACCCAUACUAAUUGCUCUACUUGCUUGAAAAGUCUUAGCUGUGGAUGGUGCUUCGAUCGAGAUAAUCCAAUCGAAGGGGUGUGUAUGCAAGGCAAUUUCAAUCGAUCUACACACGAUUGUGCCGCUGCAUUAAAUCAACGUGAGGAUGAAGCGGAAUGGGCGUAUGCAACUUGUCCGGACGUAGAUGAGUGUGGGCUCAAGUUGCAUGACUGUCACAAAGAAGCAAAAUGUACAAAUACUCAUGGCUCAUAUAGUUGUCACUGUCGUAGAGGUUUUAUUGGUGAUGGUAGAACCUCCUGUCUUCGGACGUGUUUUGAGCAGUGUAUUCACGGUCACUGUUCUGGCAGUCCCGAUUAUAAGUGCAACUGUAAUCUUGGUUGGACAGGUGUUGAUUGUUCAAUAAAUUGUGGAUGUAACAAUCAUUCAACAUGUGAAACGGAACUGGGGAAAUGCGACAAAUGCCAAAAUUGGACUGAAGGUGACUUCUGCGAACAAUGUAGACCUGGCAGCUAUGGAAAUGCUACAUCAUCGGAAGGGUGUAAGCCAUGUGAAUGUAAUGGUCAUGGAAAUCAAGCGCUUGGAAUUUGUGAUGUGACGACAGGCGAUUGUUUUUGCCAGGAUAAUACGGAGGGUCUGAAAUGUGAAAUGUGCAAUAAGAACUUUUACGGUGAGCCGAAAGAGGGUGGCCAAUGUUAUUUCCAGUGUGAAGCACGAGGAAUGUUAAAGGACUUAGGGAAGCAAGGUAUCGGAUCAAGACAAUCAAAGCCAGACACCAGCGAAUGUUUAUGGAUUGUCAGUCCACACACUCCUAGCGGUGCAGUUUUAAAUGAUUCGUUGAUCCAAUUAGAAAUUGAAGAAGCUGACUUGAAUGUUCCGUGCGGGGAGAAUGCGAUUUAUGUGUAUGAUGGAUUGCCAGACUUGAUUGGAAAUACUCAACAACGUCAAUUGCUUGCCGUAUUUUGUAGCGAAGACACGAAACCGUUUACGGUUGAAGCGCGUUCAGGCCAUUUGACUGUACACUACAAGAAACAACGAGGUGAACUGGGAUUUGGAUUCAAUGCUAUGUACACAGUACGAAGCUGUAGCUUCGAAACUUGCUUGCCUCCGCAUGUGUGUAAUGACAAAAACCAAUGUGUUUGCCUCGACAGAUUCACUGGCCCAAAAUGUGAGCUUGAGCAAUGUCCCAAAAAUUGUAGCUCAGAAAUUGGCCAGGGUCACUGUGAUAAAGCUUAUGGACGAUGUAUUUGCUCGCCUGGAUAUGGCAAUGUGGACUGUUCACAACGAAUUCGCUCUCAAAAUCUGGUCAUAAGCGAAUUGUUUAAUUCGCAACUAUUAAGCGAGAGUGUGGAGCAUUUAAGAAAGACGUUACCUCGUUUCGGACAUUCGUUAGUGUCGGACAAACGUGGCUCGUUGUGGAUGUUCGGUGGAUACUCGCUUUCGCAUGGACCAUUGAAUGAUAUCAGAUUAUUCGAUACGAAAGACAAUACAUGGAUGCAAGUGACAGUUGAUUCAACGCCUGAAGCCAAAAUGCCCGAGGGACGGUAUUUUCACGCUGCUGAUAUCUUACAUUCAAAGCAAAUCAUUUAUGUUUACGGCGGUCUGACUGGUAAAGGUAAAGGCUACAACAAUAUGGUGCUUGGCGAUUGCUGGAUGUUUAGUUUGGUUAACCAGCGCUGGGAUGAGGUUUUGACCAAGGAUGAUGACAUAAUUGCGGAAAAUCAACCACCUCCAUUAGCUGGUCAUACGUUGACUUUGGUUAAAGACAGCUUCCAUGAAGGACUUAUGCUAAUUGGUGGAUUUUCUCCUGAAAAUGGCCUCAAUCCAAACUUCUAUGAAUUUAAUAUCACGACAAGCACUUGGUCGAUACACAAGACAAUUGGCCAUGGACCAACUGGAAUAUUCGGUCACAGUUCCAUCUAUCACGUCCAAUCGCAAGUCAUGUACGUUUUCGGUGGCUACGAAUAUGCUGUAAAUGAUGAGCACAUUUCGAUAUCCAAUCGGCUGUAUGCCUUCGAUUAUGCCAAAAAAUCGUGGACCGAACUUCCUUCGUUCAAAGAUCUAAAUCGCCCGGAAGAGUUUUUGCCAAGAGCACGUUUUUUGCACUCAGCCGUUGCUACGGAUAAUUAUAUGGUGGUUUUUGGCGGACGAACAAAUCCCGUAAAUUCUAGCGAUGUUUUAAUUGCCUACGUGUACAAGUGCAAUCAGUGGGUUCGUUUAACCGAAGAUGUCGAAAUUAUUGGACGUAUGCCUCCACCAACAUACGCACAAGCAAUGACAUUGGACCAAGAAACCGACUCUAUAUACGUGGUUGGAGGCUGGGAUGGAAGCAGUCAAAGCAGAGUGACUCGUAUCGACCUACCAAACGAUCUUUGUGAGUUGUGGAGCAGUGGAAAGUAUCUCUGCCGACACUUUAUGGGGUGUAGCUUUUGCUCAGUAAAACCGUUGUACGAAAAUGCCAGCCACUGUUAUUCCAAUAAUCGGUCUUCGGAAGUUUGUGAUGGUCAUAAUGGUACGCUGGUGUACAAUCACGGAGCUUCUUGUGACGAUGAAUGGAUGUUAAAACGCAAUUGCUCGGCGUUCGAUUCGUGCACAAGUUGUCUGGCAACGUGGCCGACGCAUCCAGAGCAAAAACCGGCUUGUCAGUGGUGCGAUGGAUGUGAAAGAGGAAAAUGCAUUUCUACAAAUGAAGAAUGCAAACCGUGGGGAAAGUAUUGCUCGACGGAAUAUUUGGCAACAGUAUCAGUCGUCGACAGUUGCCGCAGCAAAUCGUGUUUUGCCAAUGAUUGUCAGGACUGUAAGAAACGAAACGUCGAGUGUGAAUGGUCUCAGAGUCAUGGCGAUUGGAGUUGCACCCACAUGCACAUGAUUGGGCCUUCGAACACGGUUACCAAAUGCGAGGAACGAUGUCAUAUUCAUCAAAAUUGUUCGUCAUGUCUAGAAGCUACAAGUAUUGACGGCGGAUUCGUUGACUGUCGUUGGUCGACACAAUUGAAUGAAUGCAUCAGUCCCAGUUAUCAAUCAAUUUACUGUACCGGUGGAGUGUGUGGUCUUGUGUUACUGCCGAACGAUGUAAAUCGCUGUCCAGAACCUUGUAACGCUUUCACGCAAUGUUCAACAUGUCUCCGACAUUCGCAUUGUGGUUGGUGUUCGCGUAACGGAACUGAAGGCGAUGGUAUCUGCACUGAAGGAUCUGUGGAUGCGCCAGCGGUGUCAACUUGUGAUAUUAUAUAUUCCAGUCUGAACAACGUUACAGACACAGCAAUCGAUGUUGUAGAAGCAUUUAUGUGGAACUUUUGGAGGUGUCCACCAGAAAAUGAGUGCAUAAAUAAUCAUCACAGCUGCGAUCUGAAGUCAGAGCGGUGUGUCGAUCUGUUGAAGGGAUACGAAUGUGAAUGUGGCGAUGGAUAUAAGUCCGAUGGUAAAAAAUGCAUUCCCAUUUGCGAACAGGGAUGUGUCAGAGGUCAAUGUGUCGAGCCGAACGUAUGUGAAUGUAAUUUCGGAUAUGUUGGUGCGAAUUGUAGCAUUGCAUGCGAGUGCAACGGACAUUCAGAUUGUCGAGGCCCCGAUAAGCUUGACGAGUGCAUCCAAUGCUUCAAUAAUACGAUUGGAGCAAAAUGUGAAAAAUGUAAGCCGUUGUAUGUGGGGGAUCCUCGUAAUAAUGGCGAAUGUAAAAGAUGUUUGGAUUAUUGUAACGGCCAUACCGAGGUGUGUGUUGGAAGAGAUCAGUCGCAGCGAAAUUUAAGCAAAGAAGAAAUCGAAAACUACCUAGAUGAAGGACCCCUGGAUGAUGCCGUGUGUCUGCGAUGUGCCAAUCAAACAGCGAGUGAUCGAUGUGAGAGUUGCAUAGUCGGGCAUUUUCGAGGAACCGACGAUUUCAAGGUUGCCUGCAGACCAUGUCAAUGUCACGGUCAUGGGGACACAUGUGAUCCGAUAACCGGUGAAAAAUGUAACUGCGGUAAUAACACCGAAAGUGAUGCUACAUGUUCGGCAACAUCCAGCAAGAAUUCAGCUCAACAGUGCUGGAUGGUGCAAUGUUCUAAAUGUCGGGAUUCAUAUGCUGGUAAUCCGAUAGAUGGACAUCAAUGCUACAAACAAAUAACAGUCGAGUCCAAGAUGUGUUUCGAUGCAAAAACAAUUGACGAGUGCAAAAAGCCUCAGCCACUUCGGCCCGGUCAAACGGUGUUCUUUGUCAUUCAGCCUCGCUUCAUGAACGUAGAUAUUCGGAUUAUAAUUGAUGUCACCCAAGGCGAAUUGGAUUUGUUUAUGAGUCCGCAAGACGAUUCGUUUGUCGUAUUGCCGAAUCAGACUACUGGGGACCAGGACAUUUACUUGGACAGCCGGUACAUUUGGUUCCCGGAAAAUCAGGCUGAAUUGAUUGAAUCGAUCGGAACUAGUCCAUCACGCUUCGAAUAUGACAACAGUACCAGCGAUGAAUUAAGAGAAGAUAGUGGACCGUUCCGGCCGCACAUUCUCGAUUGUCAUCCUUUGAUAAUGCAAGGAUUCUCCGUCAAAGAUAAACAUGCAAAAGAUCUGAGCACCUAUGUUACGCUGAACAACUGCAACACCUUGCUUCGGGUCUAUAGUCUCCAAAAUCGUCUCGUUUUAACGGUUCCUCAGACAGCCCACAAUUUAAGUGCAACAAGAUUCUUUAUAGCUUUAAGGGCACGCAGCGGAGUAGCCAGUUAUGGCUUAGUAUUUUUCCGUCAAGAUCAACUGCACAUCGAUUUGUUUGUCUUUUUCUCCGUUUUCUUUUCCUGCUUCUUCCUAUUCCUAGCAGUAUGUGUCGUCGCAUGGAAAACGAAACAGGCUGCCGACAUCCGUCGGGCACGACGCCGGCACGUUGUGGAAAUGUUACAUAUGGCCAAGCGUCCGUUCGCGUCGAUAACUAUUUUACUGGGUCCCGGAUCUAAUUCACCAGCACAAAUGCGAAGACGCGGCCGUUCGAAACCGACCUUGCCAGAAGUUCGUCCGAUCGCUGUUGAAACGACAGCUGAUGGUGCUGCCGCAGUUGGAACUGUUUUUGUUCGACUUCCCGGUACAUCAAAAUCACCAGUGUCAUUAGCUCUUGGCUCAUCGUUGACGGUAAUGUCACGACAGGUGCCAAGUAGUUCUCGUAUAUUUUUAAGACGACGCGGUUCGAAUCAUCAGCCUACACCACAAGUACCUCCGUCACAAUUGCAGCAACAACAUGCCAUGCCAAUGAAUUAAUUUCGUUACUUUUAUCCACAGCUACUCUUAGGUGGUUUUUAUGUUAAAACUAGGUAAUUGAAUGCCCUCUAAACGUUGUUCAUAAAUCGUUAUUUUGCAUCCAUCCCAUUGGCGAGGUUACAUUGCAAUCUCAUUUUGUUUAUUAAUUUUGUUUAUGUUUUUUUUUUACUUAGUUUUAAAGUCUUAGUCCCUUUAGUUUGUAAUUAUACUUUUCCGACAAAGAAAAGUGAUGCGCAAAAACCGUUCAACACUAGAUUUACCCGUCGCACUUUGAUAUUAUGGAAUUUAAGAUCGUUGUUACGUAGUGGUAAAUAUUUAUUUUAAGAGCAGAGUAAUGAAAAAUAUCAAAUUUAUGGAGUGUUCUAGGAAUUGUUUAAUUAGCCUAAAUGUAGACGGUACAUGGAAUUGUUAAUUUUGUCAAAUGGAAACUUUGUUUAUUGUUUCUUUUUUCUCUAUAAUUUGGUUUCGUUGGCAUUGUCGUAUAGUUAAUGUAAGACGAAACUUUUGCCUACAAUUUUUUUUUAUUACAAUGGACAAAAUAUUAAACUAAAGAUUCGUUUGGUUGUGACAUAAAAUAUGGAAACUAGUUCGACAAAUAAAACUACAUUUUCUGUUGGAACAUUUGACCGGAAAUACUUCAGAAAUCCAAUUACUUCAUCUAUCAAUCACCCACUUUUCGAAGAUUUGACGACACACACAUGCUGUUUUAAUGUUGUCCUUUAGACUCUGAAUUCACUUCCUAAUGACAAGUUUAUCAUUACAGCGAGUUCACAUGAAUUUAAUAGUUAUUUAAAUGCUGCAUGCGUCGAAAACCGUACUUUUCAUGUUUCAAGCAUUACUUUUGACGCCUUCAUACCUCGGGAUAAAAAUGAAAAGUCGCGUUUUCGUGUGUUUAUUGACCUCGGCUACGCCUCGGACUUUUGACUUUUAUCCCUUGUUAUGUAAAAUUACUUUUUUUUUGAAUGGCACAUCAAGCGACUAGGCUGUUUCGUUAAAGGAUUGAGAGGGAUAAGAGGCAUGGAUGCUUAGCUAAAGUUAUAGCCUGCAUUUUGGUGUUUUGAAUAAUUUACGACCGCAAUAACGACCACGAACGAAUGUGUGGGCUUUCAAUAAAAAGAAAUUGUUGCAGUUGGAGCAUCUCUGAGAAAAGUCAGUAGGUUACUGAACUGAUCAGUUUUCUGAGAGAUGGUCAAACUCCCACAACCAAAUCUAUUUUUUAUUGAAAACUAAAACAUUCGUGGUUUCAGACACGCAUCCAUGUCUCUUAAACAACAGAUGAUUUAUGUAAGAGGGAUACUUUUAAUGGACUGUGGGUUACAGUUUUGAGGGUGUAUAAUUAUAGCGUGUAGUUCUACUGAUGGAAUUCAUUCAAUUUAAAUUCCUUAUUUGUGCUGAUUUAAGGCAACCGUUUUGGAACGAUCAUCUGAAUCAUAAGUGAUGUUUGUUCUACAACAACCAGGAGGGACCCUCUAUUUAAAUUUGCGAAUGUCACUAUUUGUGUGUGGGAUUCAUAAAAUACAAUGAGAUUCACUGAUGACCACAAAUUUGUUCAGCAUGGCAAAGUGCAAUAAAAAAAAUUAAACUUUAUUUGGGACCAAUGCUUCAAUUGGCGGCUUGAUAAAUCGUUUAAGCAGUUUUCAUCCAAUUUUCUGUCGUCAAAUCGUAAAUUUUUGAAAAUUCUUACUUUUGUCAUUUCUGUGAUCAUUUUUCAACAAAGAAAUAUAUCGAGCUUAUUAUACAACAAUUUAAAACGCUGCCUAAGAAAUACAGAUGACAAUUCUAGUGAUCGCGUAACAUUGUUUUCAAUAAAGUGAAAUGGUUUCCAUAUGUAAAUUAGACAUUGAAUCAAUAAGAUCUUCAUUUCAUAAAUUUAUUUAGCACAAUUUUUAUUACCUGGAACAUAAAUUUAAAAAAAAAUUAAAAGAAAAAAAUUUAUUGAGCAAGAAUAUCAUGACUAUUAUGUGUAAAUAAUCAAAGACAAAGAAAAGAAAACUUCAAAAUAACUAAAUGUAUAGAUAAGAAAUCAAAGUUUAUAUAAAUUUAGUAAAUAAUAAUAACAAUGAUGAAACCAACAAGGGUAUAGAUACAAUUGUAAAUAAUAUUUUUUUUUUGUACAAAAAAA